AUGUCAUUCUGCUUGACUGAACUGCACCUGUGGUCUUUGAAGAAUACCUUACACAUUGGCGAUAGAGACAUUGGGAUCUACCAGUAUUAUGACAAGAAAGAGCCAUCAGAUCAUGGUAACUUAGAAGAAAAGCAGAGGCUGGCAGAAUCACGAGAUUUUCCAUGGACGCUCAAAAACAGACGCCCAGAAAAACUUCGAGACUCACUUAAGGAGUUGGAGGAGCUGAUGCAAAACAGUCAGUGUGUGCUGAGCAAAUGGAAGAACAAAUAUGUCUGUCAGCUCCUCUUUGGUUCAGGUGUGCUGGUGUCCCUAAGCCUUUCCGGGCCGCAGCUGGAGAAAGUGGUGAUUGACAGAAGCCUGGUGGGGAAGCUCAUCUCCGACACCAUCAGUGAUGCUCUUCUCACAGACAGCUUCAUCAUCUUAUCAUUUUUGGCACAAAACAAACUAUGUUUUAUUCAGUUUGCCAAGAAGAUGAGCACUCCUGAUAUAAACAAAAGACUGGAAAAGCUCUCAGCCUUGGAUUAUAAGAUUUCCUAUUAUGAAAUCCCUGGCCCAGUAAAUAGGACAACACAGCGUCGUCUAGCUAUCAGUUGUGUUCAAGAUAGAGUUGUUUGCUGGUGGCCACUGGUCAGUGAUGAUGCUUGGCCUUGGACCCCCAUUUCUUCUGAGAAGGAUAGAGCCAAUCUGCUGCUCCUGAGUUAUGGUCAAGGAAAGCUGGAGGUUCUGAGUUCUGUACGUACAGAAUGGGAUCCACUGGAUGUUCGCUUUGACACCAAACAUCCUAAUCAAGUGUUGACAGUGGAGUGCUCCGUCAGUGUAGACAAAGAGCCCAUGGCUGACAGCUGCAUCUAUGAGUGUGUUCGGAACAAAAUCCAGUGUGUAUCAGUCACCAGAAUACCACUUAAGUCAAAGGCCAUUAGUUGUUGCAGGAAUGCUGCUGAAGACAAACUGAUCCUGGGCUGUGAAGAUUCUUCAAUAAUUCUUUAUGAAACUCACCGUAGAGUGACUCUCUUAGCUCAGGCUGAACUUCUGCCUUCAUUAGUAAGCUGCCACCCAAGUGGGGCCAUUCUGUUAGUUGGUAGUAACCAAGGGGAGCUGCAAAUAUUUGACAUGGCUCUUUCUCCUAUUAACAUCCAGCUUUUGACUGAAGACAAUUCACCUAGGGAGACUCUACAAUUCAAAAAAUUCUUUGAUGUUUCCAGCAGUCUUGUUCAAAUGCAGUGGAUAGCGCCUCAGGUUGUUUCUAAGAAGCUUGAAAGUGGGGACAUCUAUAAUCUCCUCUUCCUCAGGUUUGACAGAGGACCUUUGGGUGUACUUCUGUUUAAACUUGGUAUCUUCACACAAGGACACCUGGGACUGGUAGACAUCAUCUUCCAGUAUAUUCACUAUGAUGAGAUCUAUGAGGCAAUAAACAUCCUGAGUAGUAUGAACUGGGACAGUCUGGGCUAUGAGUGCUUUAUCAGCAUGUGUGCCAUUGUAAACCAUCUUCUUAGACAAAAGCUCACUCCAGAGAGAGAAGCACAGCUUGAGGCAAGCCUUGGAACCUUCUAUGCUCCAACAAGACCACUCCUGGAUACGACUAUAUUAGAAUACAGAGACCAGAUCAGCAAAUAUGCAAGGAGAUUCUUCCACCACUUGCUCAGGUACCAAAGAUUUGAAAAGGCAUUUCUGUUAGCUGUUGACAUUGGUGCUCGGGACCUGUUUAUGGACAUCCAUUACCUUGCACUAGAUAAAGGAGAACUAGCACUAGCUGAAGUGGCAAGAAGGAGAGCUAGUGAUAUUGACGCAGAAUCAAUAACCUCUGGAGUUGACUGGAGCAGAUAUGUGGAACAGAAGCACCAUUGAGAAAGAAAUAAAAGAGUGGCUCCUGAGGUUACUUAAGAGAGACUAC